CGGACCGCGCCCUGUCCGCACCGCACCGCCGUCGCCUGUGUGCUUCGCUUCAACUUCCUCGGCAAGCAGAAGAGGAGGGAGGGAGGUCCUGCUCGCUCGAUCCAGACGCAUCCGCCGACCGCCGUCACCGGAGUCGCCGACAGGAUGUUUCUCACGAGGACGGAGUACGACCGCGGGGUGAACACGUUCUCGCCGGAGGGGCGGCUGUUCCAGGUCGAGUACGCCAUCGAGGCCAUCAAGUUGGGAUCCACUGCGAUCGGGUUGAAGACAAAGGAUGGUGUUGUUCUCGCCGUCGAGAAACGUGUGACCUCUCCACUGCUGGAACCAAGCAGUGUGGAGAAAAUCAUGGAAAUCGAUGAGCACAUAGGCUGUGCCAUGAGUGGACUUAUUGCUGAUGCUAGAACGCUAGUGGAGCAUGCUCGUGUUGAGACUCAGAAUCAUAGGUUCUCAUAUGGGGAGCCAAUGACCGUAGAAUCUUCUACACAAGCUAUCUGUGACUUGGCUCUGCGCUUUGGCGAAGGUGAUGAAGAGUCAAUGUCACGACCAUUUGGAGUCUCUCUCCUAAUCGCUGGACAUGAUGAGAAUGGACCUAGCUUGUACUACACUGACCCAUCUGGAACCUUCUGGCAAUGCAAUGCAAAGGCUAUUGGAUCAGGCUCUGAAGGAGCUGAUAGCUCCUUGCAGGAGCAGUACAACAAGGAACUGACCCUCCAGGAGGCAGAGACCAUAGCCCUUUCUAUCCUGAAGCAGGUUAUGGAAGAGAAGGUGACCCCAAACAAUGUCGAUAUCGCCAAGGUUGCCCCCAAGUACCACCUCUACACCCCUGCCGAGGUUGAAGCUGUCAUUGCGAGGCUGUAAAACACUUCAGAUUUCUCGAUUUCCCAUCAUCAAUCACGGUCGUUGUAUGAAGCAUGGACAUCUUGAUGCUGGCCUGUCAGCCUAGUGUGUGUUGCUAUGUUUGUCACCAUGUUCUGUCAACUCCACAAGGGCAGUUCAUGAUAGAUUAAUUGGCAGCCCGGUCAGUUCAAUGAUUUAAGUAGCAUUGAGAAGUUUGUACUGCCAGAAAGAAUGUAUACUUCUUUUUACGAAUUUAACUUCAAUUUCUUCUUUUCCCAGCCAGUUCGUGACGUGUUGACUGGUUUUGCAACCUGCAAUUUCCAGUGGUGUGUGAAUUACUGCGGUGGUGGUGGCCA